GCAACUUGAAAGGCUGAAUCGGAGCUUCACAGUUAUUUGGCAUAUAAACGUAUAGUACAUCCAUACAUGUAUAUAUAUAUUUGGGAACGAAAUAUGUUUGCUGCAACAUUAAUAUUCCUCGGCCAUGUUUUCUUUGUUACAAGUAUUGAGAUUACGGAGGUUGAUUUCGAAGGCUGCAGUGGAUCGCAAUGUGAUGAUGGCACUUGCAUUGAAGACACCUAUUUCUGCAAUGGUUUCAAGGACUGCCCGGAUGGAUCGGAUGAAUCGGAACAAAUGUGCAAGGAAGCAGAAUGCGCUAAUAGCGAUUUCAAGUGUUCCUAUGGCGCCUGCAUACCACACCAAAUAACCUGCGAUCAAAAAUUCGACUGUGUGGAUGGCAGCGAUGAAACUUUCGCAUUAUGCCCCAAUACGAAACCAUGCCCCAAUACGAAAUUCCAGUGUGGCUAUGGCGGAUGCAUUAAUUUUGAUGGAAAAUGUGAUGGCAAAUUUGAUUGUCCCGAUCAAAGCGAUGAGUAUCCACCGUUAUGUCAAUGAUUUAUUAACCACAUGGCAGACUUACAGAUUUAAAUGAAGAAAUAAAGAAAAAUGGAUUAGACAAACAGA